GCCAUUGUAAAUAGAGGCACAACAGAUCACAAUGGUUCAGUGAAAGCCCUACUUUUCUUCACAUUCAUCUCCAUUUAUAUAAAUGAGGAUUGCUUUUCUGAAACCAGCAAAAGGAGGGGAAGAUAAGGAAAAGGUUAAAGAAAGCAGAAAUGUGUUUGCAUGGAAAAUAAGAAAUUAUGAGGAAAGAGGUUUUCAGGGUUACACAUUAGAAUUUCUUAUGGAAUACUCAUUUGAGCAAGUAAGUGUUAGUGACUUGUGUUUUAAAAGGGCCACAGAGCUAAAUGGCCAGGAAACCUCAACCUUGGAAAUUCAGUGGGACCUGAAGGUUGCUGUGGUUACUACAAGGUUGCUGUGGUUACUACAACACAUGUUAGAUGCGAUUCAAUAUAUAUGGAUUACUGCCAUCUUCUGCCUCUCUGUAGAUUUCACUGGUUGGAAACCGGUACACAUAAUACAAGUAUCAAUUUUCCCUUCGAAUGUGUGCAGAUGUGACGACGACAUACAACAACAUAUCAACAUGAUGUUAAGAUGGAUGGAAAAGAUAUAUGGGUAUAGAUUGAGUUGUACAAAUGGCUUUGUAGAUCUGCAUAUGCAGGAAUGAUGUCCACUUCAUUGAAACUUAAAUGAUAAGCAGUCACUAAACUUAUAAUUUAAUUUCAUCUUACGUCAUAAAACUUUCAUUUCAUUUCAAUUUCAA